AUGGAAGAACUCAAGAAAUGGAUUCGUUCUCGAUACGCUCCCAAAGUGCUUAUCAUUUCUAGUUUCGAAGCUAGAGCUAUCAUUCAGAAAUCAAACUUAUCCCCAGCAGAGCUUCUUCAGCCUUUCACCUACAUUUCUCACUCAUUCACUGUAAAAACCCUUACAAGCACUAUAAAUUGCCCAAGCGUGAAGAUUGAUGUGGUGGAUACAUUGGAAUGCCGUAUGAAUGACCGUAUAUUGACUGAUAACCCGCCCCAAAUCUCAUGAGAUGGGUGCUAUGUGCAUGGACCUAAAGAUAUCAAACAAUUUUUAAGCAAAGAUACCACCCCAUGGUUUACUGCUUGGCAGCAGGCGUUCUUGAAAUCGCUGAACCAUUCUCCUCAUGAGCUAAUUGAUAUGCCAUUGGCUAUUGUUUAUAUGGCUUCUACAACGGAUUUAGACCCUUUGGCUACUUUUCAGACUUUAUCAAGAUCACAAGCUCUGCCUCAGCUGUAUCAUCAGAAAAUUUAUGAUGGGACUUGUCCGAAAGUUUUUCUUUUAUUUCAUGACGUGGGGACAAGCUCACUGAAAAAUGCUGAAGUAUUACAAAUUUUCGAAAAAAUGCAAAAAUCACUGGCGCCAAGCUUGUGCCACUGGCAGUGCAUAAAUUCAGUGACAGAGCCAAGCCUAAACCACUGGGGACCUGAGAAAGGACAGUCAAUUUCUUCAUCUGACUGCUUUCAGUUACAGAUGUUUAUAGAUGAGCUUCUAAUGCGUGAAAUUGUGCCAUAUAUAGAAAGAGCGUUAAAAACCCUUGAUAAUAUUUUAGAACAAAAACGAAGAGGCUUAAAAAAUUCCAUAAAAAGUAUUUUUGGUAAGAAAAACGUUGAAUUUUCAUUUCAGUAUGGAGGGGUUGAACAUGUGACUCGGUUAAUUGCAGAUUUGGCAUUUUUAUGUGGGGAUUAUGAUCUUGCUGUGAAUAAUUAUAGGUCUGCUUGCAAUGAGUUUAAAAAUUUGAAGGCGUGGCCACAUGCAGCUUCUGCAAGUGAAAUGCAAGCCUUGUGUGUGGUUAUGCUAGGAGGGGAUAAUAGAGAAGUGGAAUAUGCGCUGGAUACUGCUUAUACAUUAUACCAAAGAGCAGGAGAGCAGGCUUUGCUUUUGAGAUGUGCGAUUAUUACAAAAUAUGUAUUCCAAGGAAUGGAAAACUAUAGAAAACUAGCCCAAAAAUUAAUGAACGCUGGAAAUGAUGCAAGAGAAAUCCAGGUAGCCUAUCCUUUAUUUAUGGAACAAACUGCUUUGGCUUAUUUAAAAAUCCGUCCAGCUUAUUUCAGAAAAUAUGCGUUUUAUCAAGUAUUGGCAGGAGAUGAGUACCGUAAAAUUCAGCUUGUAAAGCAUGCUCUUAACUGUUAUUACUCUGCUUCUCACAUAUAUAAAGACAAAAAAUAUGAUUUUGUUAUGAUGCAUUUAGAGCAUAUGCUUGGCCGAUUUUGUUAUUAUUUAGAAAUGUAUGCAGAAGCUGUACAUUUCUUUUUAAGCUUAUCCAGCUCUCCUAAAUUGCUUAUCCAUAAUGAUCAGCAUCAGAAAAAAAUUAUUAAUGAGUUAAUUUCUACAGUCGCCAAGUGGACUUCUUUGCCAAUCCCUCAGGACUAUGACCCAAUCAAUAAAAACUCAAUUCCUUUUCAUCCUGAUGGAAAACCUUUAUUGAAUUUUUUGCUGCCCAAAAUCAAGCAAUACUCAGUCAGAUUGCCACAAGAUAAGGUGGUCACUUCUGGAAAAGAUAACUCCUCAGGGAUUUCAGUAACUUGGGGGUCUUUAUUAAGCCAGGUUUCAGGCUCAAGUCAUCUAACUUAACUUAACUUAUUAGGUUCUGUAUUUAACGCCAUUCACGGGGUGACCCCUCCCAGAGCUUCCCGCUGCUUCUUCGCCGCAUAGGGCCCGCCGACCGUCUGGGGCCAGUCAGCCUCGAUCUCCAGUACGCGCCUCCGGAGCAGUGUUGCCGACUAAGGCGGCUCAUGCCUGAGCUACUUCGCUUGAGGACAUGGGUUGCCAUUCCGAAAAUCCAUAAAAAAUGGACUUUCUGGUAGGCUUUCGGCAAAAAGGAAACACGAAGCCUGGGACGUAACGCCCAGUUUCACGCUAGGGAGUUGCCCGAUUGGUCCUAACGGACUUGGCUGAGCUUCCCCUUUCCAACUUGCGUGCCUCCUUUCCCAUGAGGAAAAAACAUUCCCGAAAGUAGACUUGGGCUAGGCUCUGAGCACAACCAGAAUUGCUUACCUAGCAUUGCCGUCCGUUUCUGAAAUGCAAAACCUUGCCGGAUAUAAUUAAAAUAUGAGUCGAGUAUGCAUGGCCGGGAGGCCAUGCCCAGACGAAGACGCCAUAUUUUAAUUAUUCAGGCUCAGUCAUCUAACAGAGGAAUUUGACGUAUUUGAUAGCAAUAAAGAAAUGAAAGGGAUUAGAAGCUUCCAUAUAGGAGAAACUGUAGAAGUCAGCAUAUUGACUCAUAAUCCACUAGAUCUGAUGCUUAUUAUAGAAGACGUCCAAGUUAUUGUGGAGUAUGAAGAUGAGUCUGGGAUUGUAAACAUGACCAGCUUGGAUAAACUUGAAUUGUCACCUAAAAUUGAUAAAACUGUGACGCUAGAAUUCAGCCCUCAGAAGCCUGGAAAAUUAAAAAUCAGAGGGGUAAAAUGGAACUAUAGUGGCGUCUUUUAUGGUGUUUAUAACUUUUCUGAGCUGAUUUAUGAAAUAAUUCCAGAGUCAUCAUCAGUUUCUGCUUCUUUUUUGCAGUUCCCUGACUCUUUGUUGCAUGGACAAAUACAGGAAGUCCAGAUAAAAGUUACAAAUCAAGUUAUAAAUCCUAUUAAUGACCUUUGCAUUACUUUUUCUCAUCCCUUUAUGUUUGGAAAGUCCCAAAUUAAACUAGGAGAUUUAAAUGAAGGAGAAGAAAAAGUGGUGGAUAUAUGACUUAGAGGCGAGUUCAUAUACCUUUUAACUGAUUUUAUAGCUUUUAAAUUAAAAGGUCAAUAAAAAUGUAAAUUCAAAAGAAAUUGCAUGUAGGAUUUCAUACAAUUAAAUUCCUUAUCACAUAUCUUUCUCAAGGAAUCCUUAGAUAUACUCGUGUUCAGAGCGUUUUUGAAGUAAAACCGUCAGUCAAAAUCCAAACCCGAUAUGAAUCAAGCUGAAAAAAUCCUAAUGAAAAUAUCUUACAACUGUUUGUUCAGCCAGCUUUUAAUGCAGAGCUUUCUCUAAAGCAGUUGUCUUCUCUCACAAAUCAUUCUUUGAGAAUAAUAAAAACUCUUGGAAAAGAAAUUUUUUAUUUAGCAGUGAAAACUGGGGAUGAAGCACAAAAUAUAUCAAUAUCUCCUAAUCGAAACACAAAAAAUAACUAGUUUUUAAAUUAAAUUAUUCACCAAAAUUAUUAUGAAAUCUAAUGAAGGAUUAGUUGAUCAAUAUAAUUAAAUAUAUCAUUUUUGAGCAGGAUUGGCUGGAACCUGUCGACGUUAAAUCAGGAUUCUGCUGGGAAGUCAAAGAAGCCUUGAAAAAAUUCACAAAUAGCGACCCAGGCCUCGAUUUACUUAUAUCAUGAGAACUCAUAAUUAACCAAACCAGAGUCCAAGGCCAUCAUUAUUUACUCAAUUUAUCCUUAUACCAAGACAAACAAGCUAUACCUCUUCGUAUGGUUAUCGACGCUCCUUCAGAAAUUUCUCACGAUUUUUCAGCAACCCCAGUCUUAUUGAUCCCAGUUAAAUUAUCCCUGAAAAGUUUAAAUGAGAAAUCUCAGAGCUUUAACCUCGAAGCCUAUGAUAGUAACGUCCAGAUCAAUGAAAAAGACAUACAAAAGCCUCCUCACUUAUGAUGGAGUGGAAAUACCUGCACGAGAUUUGAAAAAAUGGACUCUGGAGAAAUCAAAAUAAUUGAAUUCACUGCAUUAGUCACCGAGCCGGGCUGCUACAAUUUAAAUAGGUUUUGCUUUACUUUUGAUUCAGAAAUCACAAAGAAAUGUGUAUUUCCAUAUCAGCAUCAAAUAUUGAUUAACUAA